AUGAAAUACAGCAUUACCGACGGCGAUUUAAAUGAUCUGCGCACCCCUUGCCUGGUGGUCUCAUUAAGAACCGCGAAACGCGUUGCCCGAGCCCUGGGCAGCACCGCCAUUUUUUCCCGGGCGAGCGAAGAUUUCAAGGACAGUCUUGAGCAGAGCUUAUGUGUCAAUCUCGGCGCAGGUGUCUCACGUUUGCUGGUCAUCGGCGGCGCCGAUGAGUCUAUGGACGCCGACAACUUCCGCAAACUGGCGAACUCUGCAGCCGUCAGCCUGCUUAAACUACCUGUUAAAACUGCAAUUAUUGCCCUGGAUAGCGUCAAGGUCACUGGCGAACGCACACCCUGGAAAGCCGCUACACUCAUGCACGCCAUCAGCUACAACGCUUACAGAUACGGGAAACACAAGUCGAAGCCUGCCACACCGCCCACCCUGACCACCGUGCGUGUGCAUGUUAACGACAAAAAAGACACCAGCAGCAGCAGCGCACGUCUGGGCAAUGCCCUCGAUGCAGGUCUGGCAUUCUCACGUGACCUGGGCAAUGAGCCACCUAAUAUCUGCGACCCCAACUAUCUGCUCAAAGAAGCACGCAAAUUAGGCAAACAUCCUAACGUAACCGUAUCCAAUCUGGACGAGAAAAAAAUGGCCGCCCUGAACAUGGGCGCCUUCUUAUCCGUAUCAAAAGGUAGUGACAAGCCUGGCCAGAUGAUUGUUAUACGUUAUAACGGCGGUCGCAAAGCUGACGCCCCCAUUGCCCUGGUCGGCAAAGGCAUUACCUUUGAUACCGGCGGUAUAUCGCUGAAACCCGGCGCAGGCAUGGACGAAAUGAAGUUCGACAUGUGUGGCGCAGCUUCCGUGCUUGGCACCACCAAGGCGGUCAUUGAAGCGGGCUUGAAGAUCAAUCUGGUGACCAUCGUUGCAGCUGCUGAAAACAUGCCCAGUGGCGGUGCCACCCGACCCGGUGACAUUGUCACUUCGUCUUCAGGUAAAACCAUCGAAAUUCUGAACACAGAUGCGGAAGGUCGCCUGGUGUUGUGUGAUGCCCUCACCCAUGCGCAGACUUUCAAACCAAAGACCAUCAUCGAUGUUGCAACCUUAACCGGCGCGGUGAUCGUUGCGUUAGGUUCCAAAGCCAGCGCUGUUUAUGCCAACGAUGACAAGCUUGCCAACGAUUUGCUUGCCGCCGGCCAGAACAGCGGCGACAAAGCCUGGCAGAUGCCGUUAUGGGAAGAAUAUCAAUCGAGUCUUAAUUCCAACUUUGCCGACAUGGCAAACAUCGGCGGACGCGAAGCCGGCAGCGUAACAGCAGCCUGUUUUCUAUCGAGGUUCGUUGAAGGUGUGAGCUGGGCGCAUAUGGAUGUCGCAGGUAGCGCGUUUAUGGGUGGCGCAGCAAAAGGCGCAACCGGCCGCCCCGAUGCGCAGGCUCUGGAUGAAUUGAUGUGGGACUAUCCCAAGCACCGCUUUCUGCCGCACGAAAUUGUUGCGGCAGAGCGCACGCCUUUAUCACCGAUACCCCCUGCAUCAUCACCAGAUGACCGAUUGGGAGCAGCAAUCAUGAGCACCCUGCCACCCGAAAAGGAUGAUCGCCAGGAACCGGAUGAGCUGAUUGAAGACCUGGAAUCGAUCAAAGGUUUGUUUGAUGAAGAGCAGACGGAAAUCAAUCCCGAAGAGGCGGAUGUGCCGCUGCUGGACGACCCCCUGGUAGAUGGGUUAACUAUUGACGAGGGUUUACCAGACGAUACGUUCAAAGCUCUCCUCGACGAUGCCUGGCAGGACUCCGUUGACGACCUGCUGACGGAUGCAAGAAACCGCAUCACGCAGAACAGUGAACUAUGGCAGCCUGAGGACACUGACGAACUGACGAAUUACUGGCCCACCUGCGGCAGAAACUCAACAAAGCAGCCGACACAGAGAAAUAAGAAGAACAAUAUGGAAAGUAGUUUUGAUCCGCAUGCCAUUGAGCAGAAGUUAUACGCCCAUUGGGAGCAAUCCGACUACUUCGCGCCACACGGCAACGGCCCCGGUUAUUGUGUCCUGAUACCACCGCCCAACGUCACGGGUACGCUGCACAUGGGGCACGCGUUCAACCAGACAUUGAUGGACACGCUGAUCCGCUAUAAGCGCAUGCAGGGUAAUCGGACGCUGUGGCAGAUGGGCACAGACCAUGCUGGUAUAGCAACCCAGAUGCUGGUUGAGCGCCAGCUGAAUGAGCAGGGCAUAAAACGCCAUGAGCUUGGCCGCGAGGCGUUCACAGAGAAGGUCUGGGAGUGGAAGGAAACCUCAGGCGGGACCAUUGCCAGCCAGAUCCGUCGCAUGGGUUCAAGUCUGGACUGGUCCCGGGAUCGCUUCACCAUGGAUGAAGCCUACGCUGAAGCGGUGCUGACAGUAUUCGAGCGUCUGUUUGAUGAAGGUCUGAUCUAUCGGGGUUCGCGCCUGGUGAACUGGGACCCGCAGCUGGGCACUGCCAUAUCAGACCUGGAGGUGGAGAACAGCGAAGAAAACGGUCACCUCUGGCACUUUCAUUAUCCGCUGCUGGAUGGCCUUACAACCAAGGACGGUGGCAAGCACCUGACCGUUGCAACAACGCGCCCGGAGACUAUGCUCGGAGAUACCGCUGUUGCCGUGCACCCUGACGAUGAACGUUAUGCUCACCUGGUUGGCGGCUUUGUUAAUCUGCCUCUGGUAGAUCGUAGAAUUCCAAUCAUCGCAGACAGUUAUGUGGAGAUGGAAUUUGGCACCGGUUGCGUAAAGAUCACCCCAGCACAUGACUUUAACGACAACGAAGUGGGUGCACGCCACAAUCUUGAAAUGAUUAAUAUUUUUACCAGCGAAGCAACCAUCAACGACGCUGCGCCGGAAAAAUAUCGCGGCAUGGAUAGAACCGUUGCACGCAAAGCUGUAGUUGCCGACCUGGAUGAUCUGGGUUUGCUUGGAGAAGUCAAAGAACACAAACUGAUGGUACCCCGCGGCGAUCGUUCUGGCGCUAUUAUCGAACCACUGCUCACGGAUCAGUGGUUCGUAAAAAUUGAACCCCUCGCCAAGCCAGCCAUUGAGGCGGUUGAAAAUGGGGACAUCAAAUUUGUUCCAAAACAGUAUGAGAAUGUCUAUUUCUCAUGGAUGAGAGACAUCCAGGACUGGUGUAUCAGCCGUCAACAAUGGUGGGGCCAUCAGAUUCCGGCCUACUACGACGAGCAAGACAACAUUUAUGUCGCCCGCUCUGAAGCUGCCGCGCGUGAGAAAUACAACCUGCCGCAAAGCACAAAGCUGAAUCGCGACCAGGAUGUACUGGAAACAUGGUUUUCCUCUGCGUUGUGGCCAUUUGCCACCCUUGGCUGGCCUGAAGAAACUGAAGAACUGCAGCAGUUUCUGCCCACAUCAACGCUGAUUACCGGACACGACAUCAUAUUUUUCUGGGUCGCCCGCAUGAUCAUGAUGACCCUGCACUUCACCGGCAAAAAACCGUUUGAGACUGUUUACGUGCAUGGCCUUGUGAAAGCUGCUGACGGCAACAAAAUGUCAAAAACAAAAGGCAAUGGCCUGGACCCACUCGAUUUCAUAGACGGCAUCAGCCUUGAGGCGCUGGUUGAAAAACGCACCUCUAAUCUGACCCAGCCGAAGAUGGCACCGCGCAUAGAAAAAGCCACGCGCAAAGACUUCCCCGACGGGAUCCCCUCCUACGGGACCGAUGCCCUGCGUUUUACUUUCUGCGCCCUGGCCAGUACCGGCCGUGAUAUCAAGUUCGACCUGAAUCGCAUCGAUGGCUAUCGCAAUUUCUGCAACAAGCUGUGGAAUGCGAGUAAGUUUGUAUUAAUGAACACCGAAGAUUUUGUCCCGACAGCGGACGUUGAGCUGACGGUUAUCGAUAAGUGGAUGUUAAGCAAAACCCAUCAGCUGGUGAAAGACUGCCAGUUCGCGCUGGACACCUACCGCUUCGAUAUAUUUGCCAGCACAAUCUAUGACUUUGCCUGGCAUGAAUACUGUGACUGGUACCUUGAGCUGACCAAGCCACUGUUAUGGGACGAGUCCGUCAGUGCCGCGCAGAAACAGGGCACACGCCAGACGCUGCUUACAGUGCUGGAGGCCCUGUUACGCAUAGCACACCCGGUAAUGCCGUUUAUCACUGAAACCAUCUGGCACGAGGUGGCGCCGCGCCUGGGCGUGAGUCACGACACAAUCAUGCUGCAGCAGUAUCCUCAGGUGCAAGAUUUUGCAGACGACACAACCGCACAAGCACAGGUUGAAUGGCUUAAGCAGGUGAUCAGCGCGAUUCGCAACAUUCGCGGCGAAGCCAACAUCAAACCUAAUGUUGAGGUUCCCGUUCUGUUACAUGGCGGUGAGCCUGCGGACCACGAUCGAGCGGCGGCAACUGCUGUGAUGCUGAAAAAGCUGGCUAACAUUGCAGACCUGAGCUGGGUUGAAGACGGUGCUGAACCACCUCCCCAUGCACUGGGCCUGGUAGGAAACCUGAAAAUCCUAAUCCCACUGGCCGGUCUCAUUGAUGUGACGGAAGAAACCGCACGUAUUGAUAAAGAGAUAGAAAAAGUACAGCAGGAAAUCAGUCGUAUCGAGAAGAAACUGGGCAACGAAAAUUUUGUCGCUAAAGCGCCGGCUGAAGUAGUGGCAAAAGAACGCGCCAAAGCUGACGCGCUGCAGAUUAAGGUGGAUACGUUAACAAGCCAGCGCACCAAGCUGGAAAGCCUGGCGCCUGGCAAUUAA